AUGUCUACAAAUAUUCCCAAGACCGAUACAGGCACGUCUGGUGUCCGGCACGACAUGCUGGGAGGUCUGCGCCUCCGCAAUGAAGAAACCAAUGAGAUAAUCCUCAUACCAACCCCAACAAAUGAUCCCAAUGACCCGCUCAACUGGUCCAAGCCAUACCGCUUUUACAUCGCCGUACUCGUCUCCUGCGCCAUCUUCUUCAGCAACUUCCUAGCAGCUGGUCCUUCGGUUGCCAUCGUCAGCACGACCGAAUCCUUCUUUGGUCCGCCCGGUCCCGAUUUCAGCGCCAAAGUUUCCAAGAUUGCCUACUUCUUCACCACCACUGCUCUUCUCCAGGGCAUGGGAAACUUAAUAUGGAUGCCCUUCGUUGCCAAGUACGGCCGUCGACCUACCUAUGUCCUGUCAUUUACAAUGUAUACAGCUGUCGCUGCGUGGGCUGGUGGUGCAACUACUUACGGCAGUGCGUUGGCUGCGAGAAUCCUCAUGGGUUUUGCGUCGGGUGUUGCUGAGUGUCUUGCCCCCUUGACUAUCUCGGACCUGUUCUUCUUGCACGAGAGAGGUGCAGCCAUGGCGAUAUAUACCACUGCGCUGUCCGCUGGCGUAGGUGUUGGAAUCAUUGUGGCUGGACUCAUUACCAUCAAUCUAAGCUGGCGGUAUAUCUACUGGGUAUCGGUGGCUUUGAUUGGAGUAUGUACCAUUCUGAUCAUCUUGACGUUCCCCGAGACCGUCUACAACCGCCAGGAAACUACAGAAGGAACACAUACGCCCAUUGAUGCCAACUCCAAGGAUCAGGAUCAGGAUCAGGAUAUUGAAAAGGUACAGUUUGAAGAAGCCUCGACAUCUGGACACACAUCUUAUACUCCACCCCCAAAGCGCACAUUCCUUCAAAACCUGUCUCUGUACAGCGGCACACACACCAAAGAGUCCAUACUCAAGCUAUUCUUCCGGCCGGUCGUUCUCCUCACGCUUCCACCAGUGCUUUGGGCUACCCUCGUCAUGUCCGUUACCAUCGGCUUCCUCGUUGCCAUCAGUUCCAACUUUGCUGUAGCUUUUUCUGCCACCUAUGGCUUCAAGCCGUGGCAAGCCGGCUUAUGCUUCAUUUCAUGUCCCAUCGGCGCCGGUGUUGGAGCAUUCUUUGGAGGCUACUUUAGCGACAAGGUGGCGGAUCGACUGACUCGGAAGAAUGGUGGUAUUCGAGAGCCAGAGAUGCGAUUGCCUGCUAUUCUCAUAUCGCUUGUCAUCGCGCCGCUCUCCCUGGUUCUGUAUGGUGUAGGCAUCGAUCGCAGCUGGCACUGGAUUAUCCCUACCAUUGGUCUGGGUCUUUUGAACAUGGCAAUCGUUCAGGCUACCAACGUCAGCUUGGUCUAUACAAUUGACAGCUACCGUCCCGUUGCAGGAGAGUUGGCAGUGACGCAGCUAGCGUUCAAGUCUGCUUUCGGAUUUCUCCUCUCUUUCUACACUAAUCCUUGGAUUGAUAUCAGCGGAUAUGCUAAUGCAUUUGGCGCCAUGGCUGGAAUCUCGGGGGCGGUUAUUUUGUGCUGGGUGCCUAUUUAUAUCUGGGGGCGUAGGAUCCGCCAUGCUACGUGGAACUGGGGCUACAUUGAGAAGUUUGUUCACUGGAAUGUUGAUCGCGAAGUGGAUGCGCAAGAUAAACCGUUCCGCUGUCAUGUUUGCGACAAAGCCUUUGGGCGCCAAGACAUUCUCAAACGUCAUGUGCUUGCGCAUAAUGGUGCAGAGUCUGGCGUGAAGCGAUACAAGCGCAUGUCUAAUGCAGCGCCCCGUGUUUCUCAAGCGUGUAAAGCUUGUGCGGGAUCCAAGCUCAAGUGUGACGAAGAUGCCUCCUGCAGACGUUGUGUCGCAAAGGGAAUUCCUUGUGAGAGGGAUACCCGCUUCACAGAAAUAGGAGAGAAAACCUGGUUGCUAAUCCAACAAGAUCAAGAACUGUUGAUACCCGUCUUGGAACCGAGUCAUCUAAGCUUGUCCGAAGACGACUUCUCCAAGUUUCUAAGAGGAGUCAUGACACCCGUGGAGGGACAGGAAAGCCGUCCAAUUGAUCAAGCUGAUCUCACCAGCAUCAACCAUAUUUACAAUUCGCUUCCGUCUCAUGGCCUCUUAGACUUCCGGGUCGACGGUGAUACGCGGUUCGACGAUGUCGCCAUGGAUCUUUGGGACUUGCCUUGUAGUCCAUCCUUUUACUACAACGGAAUCCUGCUAGAACCAAAAGCAUCCAUGGCCGUCAAUCCUGAGAUUCAACCGUCCAUCUCGGCCAACAAUACUCGUCCGGCUGUGCUAGGCCAUGUGGCAUAUAAGGAAUCGGCACUCGGAAUGUGGGAGCCAUCACAGAAUGACCACCUCAACUCCAACAUAAAGGCCCUAUCAGUUCUCGGCGACAGUCCCCAGGAUGCAAUCCAACUAAACAGCAGCUUGGAAGUAAGCAGCCAGCAGUUCAAACCACUCUCAGUUGGUCUUCGAGAUCAAUUGCUGCUAUUAACCCUGAACGCCUGUAAACCAGAGAGUAAACUGGCCAUCAUUAGAGCAUUCCCCCACUCAGAGAUCCUGUCUAAGCUCAUCGAGAGCUUCUUCUCUCACCACCGUGUCCAAAUUGACUCGUGGAUACAUGGCUCUUCGUUCGAGCCAAACCAACAGGGCGCAGAGCUUAUUCUCACCAUUGUCAACAUGGGAACCAUGUUCGCGGAUUCUAAGAUCUUGCAUUCUCUUGGCUUUGCGCUGCACGAAGUAGCUCGUUUGUCGUUACCUGUGAUGUUUGAGCGAGCAAAUUCUAUGACUAGAGCGCUGUGGGCUCUACAAGCGUUUGUUCUGGACAUUGAGAUGGGUCUGUGGAGUGGAAUCAAGAGGAAGAUGGAAAUUGCAGAAAGCCAGCGCCAGAUGCCUUUCACAAUGCUACGGCGUGGUAGAAGAUUUAGCAAAACCUACACCCCCGCUGAUCCCCCUUUGUCAGACGACACAGGCGAAACUUUGCAGAGCAAGUGGCUUGCCUGGGUUGAGCAAGAGAAUUACAACAGACUUACUUAUCACUGCUUUGUUAUGGAUACUCAAGUUAGUAUUGCCAUGUCGACAUGUCCCUUGAUAUCCUUCUCAGAGCUCAAGACGCCUCUGCCAGAGUCUAGUGAUCUAUGGCUUGCCAAAGAUGCAGAAGCAUGGAAAACCAUUUACUUGAGGCAGCAGCGCCAACAAACAAGGGUCACACUGUACGACUACUUUCGCAAUGCUGCAGAAAUCGACAGCAGCUAUGAUAUUUCGUUUUGUCAGCUUGUAGUCCUUUCGGGUAUCUGGGGAAUGGUUUGGCAGUGUCUCCAGAGCAUCGCCGUGCUAGACAAGCCGAGACACUCGGACCCAGCGUUGACUCUCCGGCAGCAAGAGAUCCUCCAGAUACUGCAUCGGUUUCGCGUUAACAUGAUGGGGGAUGAGGCAAGCUGGCAUAAUGGUCAGGUAACCAUGAUAUACCAUCUGGUGUAUAUGCACUUACACAUUCCUUUUGAGGAAGUUGAGCUGUUUGCGGGCAAGGGACAUCAGAGUGAUGCUCGGCACGCUCUGUCUGUACUGUUAGACUGGACCAACAGCCCUGAGUCACGGAAGGCAAUUUGGUACGCGGGCCAAAUUAUAAGAGCAGCGGAGACGUUCGAGCCUGGUCGACUUCGGGGCUUUUAUACUAUUGCGCUAUAUCAGGCGAACCUUGCCCUCUGGGCCUAUGCAGUGGUAUCGCAGGUCAAGGGGGCAAAUAAGAAUGACUCCAUUCUUACCAAUGAGGAGAUGGUUUGUCUGAACGGGCCGGAAUCUCCACUCGUGCAGAGGUUCAUCAGCCGAGGGGUGCCUUCGGUUGCAGUCAUCCAGCCAUCUGCACCGCAACACGGCGGUUCUCCCAUUCGGCUGAUGGACCGAGAGGCGGUUGUGAACUAUGUUCUCGGCAUCUUGAGUGCUAAUUUCUCGCACGUCGAGGCUGUGCCGCCUUUGGUCGAGAACCUUGAGCAGCUUCUGGACAAACUGGGCCGAGCCGAAAUUGACGUGUAG